CAUCCAGGUGUGUCCAUAUAACUGACAUUGGCGUCGGUUAUAUAUCCACCAUGCUAUCCCUGUCAGCUCUGUUCCUCCGAUGGUGCUCCCAGGUUCGUGACUUCGGGCUGCAGCAUCUCUGUGGUAUGAGAAAUCUCCAGGUUUUGUCACUUGCAGGUUGCCCUCUCCUGACAUCUAGUGGACUCUCAAGUCUAAUCCAACUCCGCCAUCUGCAAGAAUUGGAACUUACGAACUGCCCAGGGGUCUCGCGGGAAUUAUUUGAAUAUAUCAGAGAACAUUUACCUCGUUGUCUUGUAAUUGAGUAAUAGAAAAGAAAGAGUGCUGAGUGUUCUUAGGGUCUGAAAUACCGUCGAUGAUUACGACAAGUCAGUGCUUAUUUUAUCACAGUGACUUGAACUACGGCAAGCAGCUUACUUCAUGGAUCACAUCACCUAUACGUAUCUCAAAUCAAGAGUUCCACCACCAUUUUGAUAAUCAAGACAGUAGAAGCUGAUCAACAAAUAAUGCUGCUCAAAAGUUGUCUGACAGUUGCUACUACUUUGGAAUCACUCAGGUUGCAGUGGCAGAACUGUCUUCAGGCCAAGGGUGUAAUACGUCUUUUUAAACUGGGUUGUGAGGAGACUGCACUUGUCGUGAUCAAUUCUGAUGAUCUUGUUAAUCAUAUUACACAGCACUGCCCAAAAAAGCCUGCAAUUAAUCGUUUUUUAAAUAAUGUAAUUCUGAAAGUUCAAGAUGUCAGCAUUGAUAAGGCAUUAUUGCAAGGGGACAUGGGAUUUUCACAACAAGAUAUUAGUGACCUAAUGAAUGCAGGACUACUGACAUUGAGGUCAGCUGGAAGCUUUUGGUUCUCAUUUCCAAAUGCGGGGGAAUUCAUGAGAAGCUACCUGAAAGGCAGGAAAUCUGUCUUGAGAACAAUCAGAAAAUGCAAGUUCAGUGAAAUAUUGCAAUUUGAAUUACAACAGAGGAAACUGGAGAAGUCUGCUAAAUUAGGAAUUUUGUACCACAUCCAUGAUAUCAUUGGUGCAGAAUUGGUGAAAUGUGUUGAAACCACAUCUGGGACUCUUCUGAGAUUGACCAAGAAAUGAUUUUGUUGUUUAUUUAUAAUCAUCAUUAUUUCCAAUAUUAUGUCUGUUCAGACUUGUUGCAGAUAUUACAAAACAUUGUCAUUUUGUGGGUCUUCCUAAACUUCUUUUUCCUUGUGGAUAAUUGAAAUCAAUGGGAAGGACUACCAAUUGGUUUUAGCCAGAGAAUGGGAAGUUGAGUGGUUUGGUUACUGAAAUUAAGCCUCUUUAUGUAUAAAUGUGUGAUAAUAAAUUGAAAAUUGUA